AUGACAACACUACCAGAGCCCAUUCUCUACACUAUCAAGCCAACGAAAUUAGUACCCAACUCCCCAAAACCAUUACUUCUUUACAAGAACGCGUUUGUGAAAGAUGGCAAAGUCGACCGCACUGCUGCCUUUGACACCUUCAAAGCAAACAACUGGGACGUACAAUGGGUCGUGAGGUACGGCCGACACCAACGAGCCCACUAUCACUCUCAAACUCACGAGGUCAUGGUUGUCGUCUCAGGUCCGGGCCGAAUCCGCUGGGGCGUCGCAGACCUAAGCGAUAACUGGGAGGAGCACACCUACGGCCAAGCCUACGAAGACGGUGGUCUAGAAGUUGAAGUCGAGGUUGGAGAUCUUUUUGUCAUUCCCGCGGGUAUUUCGCACAAAUCGUAUGAUCCGAAUGCCACUGAAGCGUCGUUUGGCUGCUUGACUGGAGAUGCUCGCGCGAUUGCAAGCGACGACGCGAGGAUUACUGUAGCAGAGGUGCCCAUAGAAGGAUUUUGUAUGAUGGGAGCUUACCCAAAAGGAUUCUCCUGGACAUGGGAUGAAGGCGGUGAUAGUGCAGAUGACUUUGAGGCUGUUUGGCGGGUUGAGAAUGCUGCUGCUGAUCCAUACACUGGUCAGAACGGAGGCAUUAACAAAUAUUGGAAGAAUCAACAGGGUGGAUUCAAGAGUUUGAUCUAA